AUUUGAGCUCAAAUGAAAGACCUGUAUUAUUGAACCCAGAAAGCUCGAAGUUUAUUCCGGUUCGGUUGUGUUUGGGGCUUGGGACUUGGGAGAAUGUCGUUUCCGGUAAAUUUAUCGGAGCCGGCCAGUGAAAAUGGAACCGUGCAUGUUGAUAUACUUCUUGCUGCGAAUGAUGACCAUGGAGGUGUUAUUGUGGAUGUGAAGGACGUUAUGGAGCCACAGGCUUUUCUUACUCUGCUAAGAGCCUCAAUCGCACAGUGGAGGCAACAGGGAAAGAAGGGAGUUUGGAUAAAGUUGCCCAUUGAACUUGUAAAUCUUGUUGAAACGGUAGUGAAGGAAGGGUUUCGCUACCACCAUGCCGAGCCACAUUACCUCAUGCUUGUCUAUUGGAUUCCUCAAACCACUGAUACUAUACCUGCAAAUGCUUCACACCGAGUUGGUGUUGGUGCUAUUAUUUUAAAUGAUAAAAGCGAGAUUCUUGUAGUCCAGGAAAAGAGUGGCAGAUUAAAAGGAACAGGUGUGUGGAAAAUCCCUACUGGAAUAGUUGAUGAGGGGGAGGAUAUUACUGUGGCAGUUGUAAGAGAAGUCAAAGAAGAAACAGGAAUUGAUGCAGAGUUUCAAGAGGUAUUAGCAUUCAGGCAAGCACACAAAACAUUUUUUGAGAAGUCGGAUCUAUUUUUUGUGUGCAUGUUGCGUCCUCUAUCAUUUGACAUCCAAUUGCAAGACCUGGAGAUUGAGGCAGCCAAGUGGAUAUCACUCGAGGAAUUCGCAGCUCAACCUGUCACCCAGAAACAUGGGCUGUUCAAGUGUAUCCAUGAGCUUUGCUUGGCAAAAGUAAAGGGGAACUAUGCUGGAUUUUCUCCACUGUCUAUAGAAUCAUUUUUUGACAAACAGUUGAGUUACUUUUAUUCAAAUAGGCAGAAUAUGCAGAGGCUAACUUCUUCAGUUCAGUCCUAGUUCAUAUAUCAUUUGUUCUACAACUCUACAUUUUUUUGUAAUAUUAAGGUGCCCAUCCUUCUUCGUUGCUCCAAAUGUGAUUUCUAACCUCAGGUUUCUUGUUACCUGUGUAACACAAUAUAUAGCCAAUAAGAAACAGUAAGGAUAUAUAGAGUUUCUUCUUCAUUAUGAUUAGUUCAGAACUUGAUAUUUACCUUAAAACUUGUUUUUUCUUU